CUUGGAUUCAUCAUCAUCAUCAUGAUGGAUAAAACUCAUUCCGUUCAUGUUAGAAAAGGAUCAACUACUACGAAUACGAGACAACAACAACAAGGAUUUACUACAGUAUUUAGUGAUGAUGAUGAUGAUCAUCUACAAGAUCAUUCAUCAUCAUCUUGGAAAGUGAUUCCAUCGUUACAGUCACAACGUACCUCUUUCUCGCCACAUUUCAUCGAUCCAUUACAAACAUCCACAGCCUAUCAUAUUCAUCAAGCAGAGAUUGCACUAUGUCGUCUAAAAUCUGCUGUGUUAGAUCAUGAUGCGCGUGGUUGGAAAAAAGUAAUGAAACAUAAGAAAUGUGGCGUCGUGACGUAUAUGAAAUCCUGUUCUUCUUCCUCCACCACCGCCACCACUGCUACUACAUUAACUUCCAUGACAUUUCCUAAUAACUAUAAUCAUCAUCAUCAUUAUCAUCAUUACUAUGAUGAUGAAAAAAUCCCCAUGUUUAAAGGUGAAGCCAUUUUUGAAGGAUUCACACCUCAUUCGAUUUUUUAUGUUAUCGGCAUGCGAAAAUUAUGGGAUGAACAAUAUGAAGAUGGCAAUCUGGUCGAGAAUCUAAAUGAUACCACCUCUCUUACUUAUGAAGUUUGUAAACCAUCAUCAUCAUCAUCAUCAUCAAAGUCCCGUAGAGAUUUAUGCUUGGUGGAGAAAAUCGAAUGUACUCAUAAUGGUACGAUUCUUUUUGCUUGUACCAGCGUUGAAACACCUAAAGUACCUAGAUUAGAAGGUCGAGUCCGUGCUCAAAUCAAGUUGAUGGGUUGGGCAUUGGAACCUUUAUCUUCUGGUGCAGUACCUUUAACUAAAGUGACGUUUGUGAUUCAAGAGCCGACCAAAGGUUGGAUGUCAAGUUUAACAAAGAAAUCAUUAGCAAGAAGACCAUUAGUGAUCUCCUUGGUACAUGAUUAUUUAAAAGUCAAAGCGGAACGAACUCGUUUAUCAGAAUUACAACAUCGACAUUGGGGUCAAGCAGCUUCUAUUAGAAAACGACCAUCAUUAAUGAUGGUGUCACAACAACAACAACAACAGCAACAACAACAACAACAACAACAACCAUGUUUUAAAAGUUCUUCACUUCUUCAAUCUCCAUCUUUUAAUGGAUCCACUCCAGCUGGGUCAUCACAACAAACUCUUUCUACAGGCGUUUCUUUCUCAACAGUCUAUACGAACAAACAUAAUAAACGAAUCACUUUUGCUUCUACUAAAGAUAUUGCAUCCCUUUCUACUGAACAGCAAAAGAACAACGAUGAUAACGACGACAAUGGAAAACCAGUAGAAAACCCAUAUGGUCUCAUGUCUCCACCAUUAACACCUUCUAUUCCUUUUGGAAAAAACAUUUAUCCUUCUCAUCGACACUUGGCUACUAGGGACCAAAGUAUGCUACUCUUGAAACAUCUAUAUACAUCACAAGAAGGAUGGCAGCUGGAAUAUAAUUCACCUGAAGCAAAAACUUAUAUCAAGGAGUAUCAAGGUGUUCGAUAUGCAAGAUUAGAAGGUUGGAUUGUAGGUGAUUGGCUUCCGGAACAAAUUAGUUCCAUUAUACAUAAUGUUGAUGCAAGAAAAUACUGGGAUGAGAAUUGGGAAGGUGGCAGUAUAGUGGAUCGAUUCAGUCAAAAGGAUUAUUUGAUGCAUUGGAUUAUUGGGAAUAAAAAGAAUGAUUUGUCACAACAACGACAAGACAUGGCAGUCAUUACUCAUAUUGACAGUGAAAAUGGAGGUAACAGGAUAUUUAUAGCUAGCAAAAGCAUUGACGAUCAUCAGAUACCAAAUCAAGAUGGAUAUGAACGCAUACAUAUGACUCUUUAUGGUUGGGUAAUAUCCAAUCAUGCAACCACAUUAUCACCAACAAGAAGAAAUAGAAGGAAUACAGGGGAUUACAAUAUCAAAUCGAAACACACAUCAUCAUCAUCUCUUGUCUCCUUUAUAGUGGAUAUAUCUCUUCCAUGGGCACAAAAACGUAUCGUCGACCAGACACAAUCAUCAUCACCUACAGCAACAACAACAACAACAAUAGCACAAUAUCAAUGUUUAAUCAACCUUCAAUCCUUUUUAUCAUGUCAUGGAUGUCCACCAUAUAUUCGUCGUGUAUCAGGAAAAGUCACAGCAGAGCAUUUCGAUACUAUGACUUUGACUUAUCAAGUGACAUGGAUUGUCAAACAUCACCCGCCUUAUCAUCAUCAACCACAACAAGAACAACCUGCAACAUCAUGGUGUACGGAUAUUCGAGUAGAUCAGUCUAUGUAUCCAGAUGGAUAUCUUAUUGAUGUUUCACCUUUGGAUGGCACGCGUCUUGACAUCACAUCCGACCAACAAUCAGUCAUGAUUUUCACAACUGACGCUUCUAUGGAAGGGGCUUUGAUUCACGUGAAAAUCACUCAUCGUCAACCUGGUCGAUCAUCCAAUGCGGCAGAACAUCAGACUUUUUCAUUACAAUCAGCUGAAAACAAAUCCAAAGUAUCAACCAAUCCACGAAGCAUAGUCAGUGCGAAUAACAAUCAUCAUAAACGAUCUGUUACACCUGUGAUCCAUUGCGUCUCACCUUCAACUUCUCAUUAUCAUCAUGGCACAUUACAAGUACCCAAAGGUUAUGUUUUAAUUCCUGAAUCCAAUAAAUCACAACAACAACAACAUCACCACCACCACCACCAUCAACAACAUCUGAUCAACCUGACUGAUGAUUUGACAUUUAAUGGGCAACAAUUAGCGUUGAUUUUCUUUUGUAUGGUGAUGUCUUAUUACAUAGGAAAAUUAGCCAGUACUUGUCCUUGAUCUAUAUGAUCGUGUAGUGUGUAUUAGUUAUCAUUCAGAGUAUUGUUUAU